AUGAAUUCAUUUUAUACGCUGCAAACAGUCUCGAAAGAUGCAAUGAAUAUGUCGAAUAUCAAAAGGAUAUCGUGUAUGGUUGAUGGUCACCGAACGUAUAGUUGCCUGCAAGAUGAUGACGAUGUAUAUUUUCCGUUUGAAAAAUUUCUCAAGAAACAAUACGAUGUGACCGGGAAACUAACUAAAGAUAAGGGAAACAAGGAAGAUCAUUUCGAAUGGUCGACGUCCACAUCGAGAGUUCGCUUUCCGGAUGAAGGUGAAUACGAUCCGGUUGGAACGUUUGGACAUUUCGCUUCGUAUAGUGUCGAGAGUCGAGAUCGUGUGCGAUGUAUCAGUGCGCAGUAUGGUGUUCCGUUGUCAACGCAGUGGUCAUCAAAGCCAUAUUUCUAUCCGAUUCAAAUAGCGCAAUACGCCUUACAACAUUACAGCCGAAACCGUACAGGUCCUGAACCAGUGGAAAUUGAGCUAGGCAAAGCACCCAGUGAUUGGAUCGUAGAGGAUAGCGCGUCCUACGAAGCAAAAGAAGGAAUAGAGGGUAUUCGGGAGGUUCUUGAUGAAGAACUGCACAAAAAUGUUAUGGAGAUAUUUCCAGUGGGCAACGAUAAUGGGAAAGAUACAGCCGUGAGGUUAUCGUUGAAUGAAAACGUGAAUUUGGAUGUGAUCUCUUUCUUUUGGCGUUCUGAUGCGUACGCUUCUUUCACGAUUGCAGCCGAAAUUAUUCCGCUCAAAAAGAAAAUUUAUUUGCAUUAUGUGCACAAAAGUGACGGUAGAUGUGUAUGGCGUGAAGCUAACGGUCAACAGGAACAUUUUUACUACGAAUUGGGCGCAAAACCAGACCCAUCAAGCUGGAGGUUGAUUUGUCGAGAUGUUUUAACGGACGCAGGCCGAGCGUUGGCCAGUACUGUUUCGAACGGGAAGAAGACCGGCAGCACGAGUGCGGCAGCCCAAUUGCAUCCAGGUUCAACGAAUAUUUGUGAUAUUCGGGUGAUUUCGUUGGUGUUACGGGGGCAUUCAUGGCUUCACAGUCUCAAGCAACGAUCCUCAGCGCAUAUGGAGCAAUUUUUAGUGGUGGCCGAUUGGUUUCUGUCGAAUCAAGACGAUGACGGUGGAUGGUCUGUACCAGUGGAACGUUCAAUUGCUGAGAAAAGUUUGGUGUUGGAAGCCGGUUGGCAUAGUGCAAUGGCUCAAGGACACGCACUGAGUGUGUUGACAAGAGCGUAUGCGAUAACGAAAGAGUUGAAAUAUCUACGAGCGGCCGUAAAAGGGACCAAACUUUUCAAGAUUAAUGCUGGCGAAGGUGGCGUUAGGAAUGAUCUGUUCGGUUAUGCGUGGUACGAGGAGUACCCGACGCAACCGGGCACAUUCGUCCUCAAUGGUUUUAUGUAUUCGCUGAUAGGUCUCUACGAUUUAUCUGCGGCGUUGAAGAAUCAACAACAAAUGGAGAAUGAUGCGGCUGAGCUUUUUGCGGAUGGAAUUCGUUCGUUGCAAACGUUUUUGCCGUUG